AUGAACGAAAGUGCUAGCAAUGACGACUUCAACGCCGACGAGCUGGUGGCAUCCGAAUGGCUGAAUGAACAGUUUGUCACAGAAGUUCUCAGCAAUUAUGAAAUGACACCCGAACUGAGAAUAAAUAUGUUGACCUUCUUCCCGGCCAGUGUCAGGGGAGAUCACUAUGCCAGUGUGAGGUUUCGAGCCAAAGUGGAGUACACCAAGCGGAGAGGAGCAGGAGCCUCCACCAAGUCUCUAAUCAUCAAGACGAUGCCCGAGCAGGAGGGACACAAGAAGGAAAUGUUUGCCGACUCCUAUCUCUUAAAAACGGAGUUAGGAAUGUACAGCACAGUCCUGCCGGAGUUUGAGAGGAUACUCCGACGGGCGGGAGAUGACACCAAUAUGCAUGGGGAGUGCAUAUUUCACAGUCUAAAGCCACGACAGGUGAUGAUUUUCGAGGAUCUCGUCGAGAUCGGCUAUUUUGUGGUGAGGGAUCGUGCACCCACUUUUGAGGAAAUUCGUCGGGCCUAUUUAAAGCUGGCCAAAUGCCAUGCCGUCAGCAUGAAGAUACUAAAUAAAUAA